CAUUGCAUCGCUUUUGUAGGCGACGCAGCAAUAAAAGGUAAAAGAAAACCGAACAAAGUGCAUCGGUUGGGGCCGAUAACGAGAAGCGGAACACUGCUGCGUGCGCUAACGCGAUGGCGGCAGCACAAGCAACAAGCGGAGGCCCCAGCAGUGGCGUGUCCGAUCAGCGUAAGCUGAUGGCAAUUCUCCUCGAAACGGAACGUGUUGCCGACCGGGUUCUGAGCAAUCGGCAGGAACUGGUGCAGCUGGACCAGCGCCGUCAGGACACACGGGAAGCGUUGCGGUUGAUCGAGCAACACUUUCCUACCGAAAGCCCACGGCCCGGCCGCCUCUGGAUCACGAUCGGUUCGAUGCUGGUGAAGCAAGACCGGCAGGAGGCGAUCGAGUUGUUGCGUAAAGAUCAGCGCACAACGGAGGCCGAAAUCGAGAGGCUGCGAGCCGAGCAGAAGGUGCUCGUGUCCCGGCAGCGGGAUCUCGAACACGACCGGCCACUGCGGGGGUUCGAUUUGAAGCCGCUCAGCAGAGCAGAAAUUUCCGGCAUUCGUUCGAACCUUCCCGGCUUUUAAGAUCUAACUUUA